UGGAGAAAGGUCAUGGCUGAAUUUCCCCCAACUGAGCACGUGGCAAAAAAUUUCCCGAGAAUGUUGGUCGAGAAAGCCCCGCUGACGAAGGACCGGCCUCUGAAAAUCUCACGUUAUGAUCUUGUGAGGUGAAAUUGAGACGGAAAAGUGCAGGUCAAGUGGUUGAAUUAAUGAGAUGUGCGUUUGUUCGGGAAUGUGGGAAAAAGUUUCAGUGGAGUUUUAAAUUGGAAAUUAUUCACAAGGAUGCUAAUUAGUUGGCAACAUGCAUACACAUGGUUGAUUUUGCUUUGGAUCUGUACAACAACUAGAGCCUCCUGUCCAUCCCACUGCACCUGCGAUAAAGAUCAGCGGGGGAAACACAAAACGUCCUGUCUGAAGGGAGGAAUGAUCCAGCUUCCAACGAGAGAACUGGACCCCGCCGUCGAAAUCCUCGAAAUAGACGCUCCCGCAGAGAUCCCCAACUCCCUCACCAUCUCCCCCGUCUUUCAGCAUCUGAAGCACCUGGAAGAAUUGAUCGUCAGAAGAUCCCAACUGAAACAGCUAGGCAUGCACUCCUUCUGGGGCGUGCCUACUAUCCGAGUUUUAGACUUUACAUUCAACAACCUAACCUCGGUUCUGGACCACAAUUUUCGCGGUCUGCUGAAUCUAGUCGAGCUGAAUCUGGACCACAAUCGGAUAUCGAACCUGCAGAGUGGUGUGUUUAAGCAUUUAACGGAGUUACGGAUAUUGUCAUUAAGGUUUAAUUUAUUAGUGGAACUAGUGCCUAGGAUGUUUAUGAAACUUGGUAAACUGCACGUGUUGAAACUCAGCGGGAAUCCUUUCGAAGAGUUGGACCCCGAGGCUUUCAAGGACAUUCCAGAAGUUCGAACCCUUGAAUGCCGAAGCUGUGGGUUGCCCCGGAUAAACACCCAAAUUUACCACUUGCUGCCUUAUUUGAAUCAUCUCGACCUCGGCAACAACCGAAUGCAAUUCCUGGAAGCGGACGAAUUCACCGACCUGCACAAACUACACAGCCUGAAGCUGGACGGAAACCAAUUUCCUGUAAUACUAGAAAAUACGUUCGUCCACCAGACCCAGAUGAAAUAUUUGAACGUGGCAAGGAAUCGACUGGCGAAGAUAACAAACACCUCAUUCAGGAACCUCACCUCGCUGCAAGAACUGGACAUAAGUUACAACAAGCUGGACAAGUUGGAGCCUUUGGCGAUGCAGCAUGUGGCCGGUACUUUAGAGAAAUUCAGCAUGAGUGGAAACAACUUCAACCUCUUAGUAAUAAGAGAUGUUUUGCAAACUUUGUACAAGGUUAAUGAGUUGCAUAUUGCGAAAAUGGGUAUCAGGGAACUUCCAGAGCACUUCCUACCGCACACUAUCAGAAAAUUGAAUAUUUCGUGCAAUAAUUUCACUGAACUUACGAUAGAGAUGCUUCCAAAGCAAAUCAACGAACUGGAUAUUUCACAUAACAAGCUAAAGGGAUUAAGUGAUCGUGUUAUAGCCAAGCUGGAUACGUUGAAGAGUGUCAACCUUUCCUCCAACCCCUGGUCAUGCGAUCUAUGCCACAUAACUCCGAUUUUAUUACGUGUUAACCGAACUAACCUAUUCAAGAACUCCAUUUGUGACUCUCCAAAGUAUCUGAAAGGCUCAACGUUAACUAUUUUGCAGUUGGCGGACUUAACAAGCUGUAAAAACUCCGAGAGUGGCAACGAAAACAAACAGAGUGUAUUGGGUACAAAUAUAUCUACGUUGUUGGUGGGUGUGAUGUGUUUCUUGGUGCUUCUUUCUUUUUCUGUGAUAUACGUUGUGUAUUCCUGUAUGAGACGAAGGACGCUGAACAUGAGAGAGAUCGAGAAGAGAGAACGGGAAAGGGAGAUUGCCAGUCUAUCGGACCCAGUGGCAGUCUUCUCCAAGGAUAACAUCACCUUCAAGUUUCCCCUGGACCUGACGGAUAACAAGGUCAGCGUUUGCACGAUAGACGAUAUCAAACGUCAUUCGCAAACGUCAUGUAUACCGAACGGAACUGUAAUUUGAAGUUUACUCAGAGUUAUAGUUGAGUUCAGCUGAUGCAAAUCAGUAAUUGUGAUAUAUAAUUAGGUAAGUUUAUAUCAUUCUGUGAAUGAUAAUGUACAUAGAUCAUUGAGAUGUGGGUUAAGGUUCGAAUUGAGCGGGGUGUUUCGGAGAGGAUCCUUUGGUAGGGCUUAGUUGGAUAAAGCACUAAGGGUAUCUCUUUCAGUUUCAAAUUAUGAGCUUAGUUUCUAAUUCCUACAAACUCAUUUGAACUUGGAGUUAUGAUACGCUAACACAACCAUCUGAAUUAUCUUUUGUUUCAUUCGAUCACUAGAUAAAACUACAUGAAAGACGAAUUUCACACAAAUAAUGAUGACCAACUUGUAUAUAGCAUACAUGGCAUUGAAAACUCAUUGAUUAAGACGAACAGGAAUACGUUUUUAGUUAUUUUAAGCAUUUCUCUCGGCAUUUCCGCGUUUUCAAAACCUUCAUUUGCUAAAUUUAACCUCCCUAUAAGUUCCAAUAAAUGCUGUUCAUGAGUGGAGUGAGUUGGAUGGUUUCCUUUCCAUUCAUGAUAACACAUACCCAUAAUUCAUUAUAAUCUUUAAGACUCAUCAAAUGGAUAUGAAUAAUCUGAGUGUCAUAAGUGUUAGCAACAAAUCUUCAAUAAUAUAUAGGCAACGAUUUCUGUACAAAUAUAACUUACUAUUGUUACAGAUCAUCUUGCUUUAAGGAUUUGUCUUGAAAAGGCUAAUACAUAUAUAAACAGAGAAAUAUAUAACAUUUGAAAAACGCCAAAUUCAUCCUUAAUUUCUUAUUUCAUCUAUAUUUGCAUUGAAUUAAUGUAUUGAUGUCUCAAAAAUGGAUCGACAAAAUCUUUACCUACAUUUUCUUCAAAUCCCUUCAAUACCAGAUUUUACUGAGAAGUUUGAAUCGACAAAAAAGCAUUUUUCUGCAACGAAAUCUUCCACCAAAAAAAUUCUUUUACAUUACAAUUUUUAAACUUAGAAUUCUGCUUUUUAGACUUUUCAGAUAGCCAUUUUCCACCUUAGACGAUGGAAAGAAUGAUUAUAUGAAAUGUUCAAGGAGAACCUUGGAUGAACAGAGUGGGAAAAAUAUACGCACAAAACGACUUUGUUUCUCAACUGUUAUUCUCUCCCAAACCCUCCACACACUAACUGCCAAUGUAGAAGCGUAUUAAUGUGUAGAUAUUCAAUUUUUCAUUGAUUGAGAUGAAAAAUUCGAACCUUCCAUCUCUCACAAUUUUGCAACAUAUCCUGAAAAAAUUCUCAAUGUUGAAUAAUUUUGUAUUGAUUCAUGUAAAACAGUUAGUUUUUUUUAAAUGAGAAAUUUAUUCGAUUAUUUCAUAUCAGAAAUAUUAUAUCUAUGGUUGGUUAUUUGAGA